AUAUGCCGCAAGAUUCGAUGUGACGGAGAAUUUUGAAAAUUUUUGGAAACUAAACAAGGCCUUAGGGCAUUCCCGACAAUAUUCUGUGGCCUCUACAUGUCGCAGUUCCACAGUAGGGAACAAUGAAUUUGGUGCUCGACGGCGACGCCGUAUGACUCUGCUAGAGUACCCCUGUCUGAACGCAUCAUCAGCAAGUGCGGGUAGCCUCACUGCCUCAUACUACCUCAGAAAAAAAAACUGCGUUCAGUGUCUGACGAGCUAGAGACACUGCUCUCCAGAAACCCCCAGCGUCUAGCUAGCUACUAGAGCGGCUGCAAUGGAUCAGCGCGGGGAGGAGGAUCACAACUCCCAGCUGGACUCGUCAGAUCUUCGGCGCAAGAGCACGGCGGCGGCGGUGCCGGACGACGUCCAUGGAGAGCUCACGGAUCAGCGCAACGACGGCGGGUUCGAAGCUGAGACCGCGGGUGUGAUCAAGGAGGAGCAGGUGGAGAUGGCCGAAGUAGAAGCCUCGGCGCCGCUCUUCGCGCACCCGUUCUCGCUGCUCCAGCCCCUGCUCCGCGCCUGCGCCGGCUGCCUGGUGGGCCUGCACGGCUACUGCAGCGACAACAACGACUCGAAGCCGGCUGCGGCGGCGAUCGCGGAGUCGUCGACGCCGCAGGAAGGAGAGGCUGGCGGCGGCGGCGACGACGACGACAAGGCGGCUGCUGGCAGCAGCGAGGUGGCCACUCCGGUGUUGGCGGCGAGGAGGCCGCCGACGCAGCCUGGCCCUCCGGAAGAAGGUUCCGGUGGCCAUGGAGGGAGCCACAACUAGUCAUAUGCGAACGGAUGAACAGGAAGUACAUAUAGCUUCCUGUAACUGUGUACAGUAAGAGAGGUACAGUAUAUACUUACGUCAGUAAUUAAAUAAGUACGCGUGUGGGUGGCUCACGAGGACCCCUUCUUGCCGGCCGGCCGCAGUUACAUGUGCCGCAAAAUUUUAACAUGUUGCAUGCAGACACUUUGGAAACUCAAAUCCCCUUAAAAUCUAUGGCUUUUUUAGGGUGAAAAAAAUCAUAAGGAUAUAUAAGUUGAAUAAAACAUUUAGUUAUUUAUGGAGUUUUUUUUUAUCUCUAGGUGUGUCUUCCCUUGCUUUGCAAAAAUUAUGCUGUCGAGGGUCUGAGUGAAGAGAAAAUAAUUGAGCCUACGGCGACAAGUUCUCUCUCUUGGAAGCGAUUCAUUUUGAGCAACGCGACACACCUAAAUAAUAACGAGGAGUCCGUAGCUAAUUGGUGGGAGGAUCAGAACGACACGAUCCGGAGGCUCAACGCCAUAUCUUCAACAGGGAUAGUCGUUUAUAUCACGUAGAAUAUUUGGAAAGUGGAAUAAGAGAAUAAUGGUCAUUUAUAUCCUGUGGAACAUCUGAAAAGAACAUGCAUCUUCUAAAAUUGUAUUUCGCCAUCCAUAUAUAGGAUGUUUGUUCUACAUUUGGAAAGAGGAAUAAGAAUAAUAGUUAUUU